AUGUCUGCCGAAUUUUUCUCAAAAUUAAGUCAAAAUUAUAUUGAAUUAUUGAAAGAUGAUGAAUAUUAUGAUAUUACAAUUGAAGUUGGUGAAGAUCCUAAUGUAAAAAUAUUUCGUGCUCAUAUGAAUAUUUUAUGUUAUCGUUCUUCAUAUUUUCGGCGAGCUUUAGCUUCUAAUAAAAAGAAGGACAACGUUUUAGCUCAUAUUAAAUUUCCAAAUAUAUCACCGGAAAUCUUUCAAAUUAUUUUGAGGUAUAUUUAUGGUGGUAUUCUUUCGUUAAAUGAACAAAAAACUUCAGAUUUUCUUAAAGUUUUGGCUGCUGCGGAUGAGCUUCGACUCCAAGAACUAGUUGAUCAUUUACAAAAAUAUUUAAUUGAAAAUAAGUCUGAAUGGAUGGAAGAAAAUUUUGAAUUUACUCAACGAAUCAGCUUACAAUCUAAUAAUUUUGUGGAGCUUCAACAAUUUUGUGCAAAUUUUAUUGCUAAAUCACCUGAACAAAUAUUUAAAUCACUUACUUCGAUUUCUGAAAAAUUUUUAAUUUCACUUAUUAAGAGAGAUGAUUUACAAAUGAAAGAAAUUGAAGUAUGGGAGCAUGUAUUAAAAUGGGGACUUGCACAAAAUCCUACUCUCGUUUCAGAUCCUAAUGUUUGGUCAGAUGAUGAUUUUAAAACAAUGGAAAAUACCUUGCAACAUUGUCUACCUCACGUUAGACUUUUUAGUUUAUCAUCAAAAGAAUUCUCACAAAAAGUUCGUCCAUAUAAAAAACUCUUAAAUAAACAAUUAUAUGAGGAUUUAUUAAAUUCUUACUUAGAUUCUGAUCGUGAACCAACUGAAAACAUUUCAUUGCCUAGAAGUAUUGAAAUUGAUGGAAUUAUUGAUUCAAAAAUUGUUAAUUUAAAUAUUGUUUCGAUAAUUUCAAGAUGGAUUGAUAAAAUAGAUGUUAAUUAUAAAAUUUCUCAUUUAAGAGAAUUAUAUUUACCAUACAAAUUUCGAUUAUUAAUAAGAGGAAGUCGGGAUGGAUUUACUCCUAGAAAAUUUCAUACUUUAUGUGAUAAUAAGCAUAAUACAGUUACAUUUAUUAAAGUAAGGGAAUCAGAAGAAAUUCUUGGCGGAUACAAUCCAAUAAUAUGGAUGAAUUCUAAUUCUUGGGGUAAAACUCAAAAUAGUUUUAUUUUUUCUUUUAAAAAUAGAAAUAAUUUUAAAGAUGCAAUUUUGAGUAUUGUAAAAGAUACAAACAACGCGUUGAAUUAUCAUACCGAACAUGGUCCAUGCUUUGGCAAAGAACUUUUGAUAUAUACAUCUGAAGAUUCUGCUGAUAUAGAUUUUGAUAAGACAAUCUGUCAUGAACAAAAAUUCUAUGAAAAAAGCAUAAGAAAAAAAGGUGAAUUUCCAUUGGAGGAUUAUGAGACAUUUUUAUUAAUUAAUGACUGUGUCACCACCAGAUACGAUUUUUAUACAUAUUUUAAAAGUACAACAAUUUAUGCAGGGCAUAGUGAAAAAGAAAUUGUUUGUUUGAUUGAUGAUGAUGAUUUAGCGAGUGUAAUCUGGACUCAAGGGUUCAAGGCGCUCCCAAUCGUCGUGGACGCAUGUAUUAGAGCAAAUUUAGCGAUAAAGCAUAAGACCUGUAUUCAUAUCACUAGCGCAAACGAAGCAACACGACAUGAGUUUAUUUCAUCCGUUUUCAUUGCGUUUCUUGUUAUGAUGGUGAAGUGGGUAUGCCAAGAAUAUAAGUCUUCUGGAAGUCAUGGGAAAGGGCCAGUGGAUUGGGUUAUCAAGAUUGGUGAUACAAUUGUUGUUAUCGAGGCUAAAAGGGAGGAUAUUAACCAGAGGGUUGACUGGGUCAUAAUUAAACCUGCCAACGUACCAGACUCAGUUAUAGCUCAACUCAAACAGUGUAAGCCUGAUUGCAAAAUAAAUAAUACUAGCUCCAAGUUGUUAGAGGACAGAGAUUUGGACGCUUUUUUGGAUGAAGUACAGAAGAAAAAGGAAUUUGUUAUUCCUUUGAAUGAAGAAAAUGAAAAGAGACCAAUUUCUGUUGAAUCAGAGUAAACAGAUGAGGAGCAACUGAAGGCUUGAGCAAUUCUUACGGGAUCUAGUGAAGUUACGGCAAAUAUAGUUCGUCUGUUUAGGUAGCAA